AUGGCAAACUUGAGUAUACUUAUUGGUUGCCUUGCCAUCAUCUUCUUCACUGUUGUUUCACCUGUAUCCUCAGCCACUCAUUCUGUUGAAUGGUCACUCGGGAAGGACUAUAGCUCCUUGGCUACUGGAAAACCUUAUGCCGUCGGAGACACCAUCGUAUUCAACUAUGGUGCGGGUCACACGGUGGACGAAGUGAGUGAAAGUGACUACAAAAGUUGCACAUUGGGGAACUCAAUUUCUUCCGACAGUAGCGGAACCACAAGCAUAGUUCUCAAGAAAGCUGGUUCUCACUACUUCAUUUGCGCUAUCCCCGGCCACUGUGACGGUGGCAUGAAGCUCUCUGUCAACGUAGGUGCAGCAGCCUCUUCAGACGGUGGUGGUGACAGUGGUGGCAGCACCACCCCCAAAACUACACCUUCUCCAACCGUAGAGGGCAAGAAGGCUGCUCCUACCACUUCUGCCACUUCUGUGUUGAAGCCGUUCAAGGCUUUGGUUGUGACUUGCGUUGUUGUAUUAUUAUAUGCUUUGGCUCUUUCUUAGUAGUCUUUAAUUUCUUUUUUCGUUUGGUUUGGCUCCUAUGAAAGUCCAGGCUAGAGGCAGUGCUAUGAGCCCUAUUAUUAUAUGCUUCUCGAGUUCUUGUUAUGAUUAGUUGUUCUAUGAUAUUCACUUUUCCUCUGUUUCGUAUUUAAUUAUUUUUU